AAAGACUCUGGGGCAGAGCUAAUGCACCCCAGAGAGAGCACAGUACACGAGGAGCUGGACUAGGACGCCCCCGAGUUCCCAGAUUCGGGCGAGUGUCCCACCAGCAACGGGGAGGGUCGGGUAUCACCCUUAAUCUCCUUGCCCUGGGAGCACUGGGGAGGUGUCUGUCUGCUGGGGCGGGCAGGGGGGACGGGACAGAGGGGCAGGGCAAGAGUUAACCUACCUGCUCUGCCAUCCAUCUCUAGGCUCCACCUCGGAAGAGAGGGGAGGGAAGAGAGAAAAAGUAGGGAGGAAAAAAAAAAAAGAAAAAAGAAGAGGAGGAGGAAGAGCGCAGAGAGAAGCGCCCGGACCGCGGGCAGCCCGGCCAGCAGCGGAGCGGCCGCCCCGUCCCACUCCCAGCAUGUUCCAGUGGAAGAAGACCAUCUACAAAACAGUUUGUCUCUCCUUCUUGCUGAUCAUUACAGUCACAGUGCUGCAGCGUGGAAUGGCCCCAAACCAGUUCAUGCAGGGCCAGCAGCAGAAAGAACUGCCCCCUUCAGAGUCCUUGAAAUCACAGAAGAGAGACAACGCCUUCUCCAUCAGCAGCACUUUCUGGAAGACCAAGAAGGAGAAAGCUCCUGUGAAGGAGGAGACUGUGACAGCAAAGCAAACAAAAUCCUGGGAUGUCACCACUACCAACUGCUCAGCCAAUCAGAAUUUCAGCAAGGUGGAUUGGUUCAAAGGGCUGGAGCCCAACUUCCAGCAGUUCUUGCUCUAUCGGCACUGCCGCUACUUCCCUAUGCUGAUCAACCACCCAGAGAAGUGCAGUGGGGAUGUCUACCUGCUCAUCGUGGUCAAGUCCAUCAUCACACAGCACGACCGCCGUGAGGCCAUCCGGAGGACCUGGGGCCAAGAGAAGGAGGUGGAGGGCAAGAGGAUCAGGACACUGUUCUUGCUGGGCACCGCCUCCAAGGAGGAGGAGAGAGCCAACCACCAGAAACUGCUAGAUUAUGAGAACCACAUCUAUGGGGACAUCUUGCAGUGGGAUUUCCUGGACAGCUUCUUCAACCUCACUCUCAAAGAAGUCCAUUUCCUGAAGUGGGUUGACAUCUACUGUGACAAUGUCCACUUCAUCUUCAAAGGGGAUGACGAUGUGUUCGUGAGUCCCAGCAAUAUCCUGGAGUUCCUGGAGGACAAGAAGGAAGGAGAGGACCUCUUUGUGGGGGAUGUCCUCUACAAGGCCAGGCCAAUCCGUAAGAAGGAGAACAAGUACUACAUCCCCAGUGCCCUCUACAACAAAAACAUCUACCCACCCUAUGCAGGGGGUGGGGGCUUCAUCAUGGGUGGAGCCCUGGCCAAGAGGCUGCAUAAGGCCUCAGAGACACUGGAGCUGUACCCCAUCGAUGAUGUCUUCCUAGGGAUGUGUUUGGAGGUCCUUAAAGUGUCACCUGUUGGGCAUGAGGGCUUCAAAACUUUUGGCAUUGUGAAAAACAAGAACAGCAAGAUGAACAAGGAGCCAUGUUUUUACCGGAGUAUGUUGGUGGUUCAUAAACUGCUGCCUCCAGAGUUGCUCCAAAUGUGGGACUUGGUCCACAGUAACUUGACAUGCUCAAGAAAACUCAAUGUCCUUUAG